AUGGAAACACUGGAAAUUAUAGUUGAUACCAAAGAAAAGAGACAAAUUAAAAUUAAGAGUAUUUCAUAUAAAGCUACCGAAAUAGAUGUAAUUAAAACUUUAUCAAAAUUUGGACCCAUAGCUAAUUGUAAAAUUAUAAAACAUAAAAAAAAGAAUAGACACUCUGGUUUUGGUUACGUAGAAUUUGAAAAUGAAAAAGAUGCUGAUAAAUGUAUCUCUGAAUCACGAUAUAAUCCACCAAAAUGUAUGGGAAGAGAAUUAUAUAUACUUCGCGUUAAAAGAAAAAAGGAAAACCCAAAAUGGAACGAUUUAAAAGAAGCUACAAUUACUUUUUCAAAUUUGGAAAUCGGGAAUUGGGAUGGACAAUCAUCUAAAGUGCAUAAAAAUAGUAAAGGACGAGGAAGAAGAAGUUACACUGAUACUCUCACGGAAAAAUUUACUUUCUUAAAAGAAUGGGAAUAUCCGAAUGAAUAUGAGAAACCUAGUAUAUGCUUUUCAAAAACCGCCGAUGCCUUUGUAUUGGAAGGGUUUAAUUCAUCAUUAACCUCAAAAAGGCGUGUUAAAAUUCCCUUUCGUAUUUUAACCGAAAAUGCACGGGGAAUUUUCAUGGAUGAUAGUGAAAAUGGUGUAAUAUCACUUUACAUUAGCUUGAAGCAUCCUCCAUAUCUUUACCGAGAGCAAAACUUCAUGCCAUUAUUUCACUUUCUAGAUAUGGUUAACGAUGAUCCUUGGAUCAGAACUGUUGAUUGGACUGGAACUGAUAAUAUAUUUGGAAGAUGUUUGGUGUUUCGAUUAGUCUUUAGAUAUAAACUCAAUGAUUUAUGCGAUUUAUUAGAUAAUUUUAAGUUAAAAGGCAUUCAACGUCCCAUGCCUCGAUGCCCAGUCAAUUGCAUUAAAAAUCCAGAUCAUUCGAAAGAAUAUUUUGAAAUUAUCAUUCAAACAUUACCAUUUGGAAUAUGUUAUAAAUUGGAAAGUCUAAUUUCCCAUGGAACAUUAACACAUUAUGAAUUGGAAGUGAGCAAAUUAGGGGAGAGUUUAGCCGAAUUGGUGCAUGUUGAAGAACAAGAAGUAAUAGCGUGGCACGCAUUAAAUCAAAUAUCGGCUAAAUAUUGGGAUCCUUUUGAUAGAAAAUCUCAAGAUCGUCCAAUUUCAAAUUUUAAUAUUGCAUUAAAAAGCUUUAAGAGUGAAUUUAAUGUUUGGUAUCCUUCAAAUCCGAAUAUUAAAUUAAAAAACGAUUCUCGUAAUGCAUGGGUAAACCAUGCAACGAUAACACCUACAAAAAUAUAUUUUGACGGGCCAAACUAUGAACAAUCCAAUAGGAUAUUACGCUUAUAUGAGGAUAAAAUUGAUCGUUUUUUGCGUGUUACAUUUAAAGAAGAAAAUUUUGAUAAAUUAUUUGUUAAUAAAGAAGAUGUUGAUAUAAUUAAUUUGAGGAUUAUUAAUAUUAUGAAAAAUGGAUUUCAUGUGGCUGGCCGGUAUUAUGAGUUUCUAGCCUUUUCUUCAUCCCAACUAAAAGAAGCAUCUUGUUGGUUUGUUGCUCCUUUUGAAGACUUCAAUGCCAAUGCUAUUCGCACAAGUAUGGGAGAAUUUAGAGAUAUUAAGGUUCCUGCACUAUAUGCAUCUCGUAUGGGACAAUGCUUUACAAGUACGAUGGGAACAUUGAAACUUAAUCCGGAUCAAGUACACGAAAUAAUGGACAUCAAAAGAAACAAUUAUACGUUUAGUGACGGUUGCGGGAAAAUUUCGUUAAGUUUAGCAAAGCGUGCGGCGAAAGAGUAUUAUGGAACCAAAAAUCUAAAAGAUGAUGAAAUCCCUUCAGUAUUUCAAAUACGGUUCGGUGGAUGUAAGGGAAUGGUUGCAGUAGAUCCAAAUCUUGAAGGUGAUGUUUUAUGCAUACGCCCUAGCCAAAAAAAAUUCGAUGCGCCUGACUCAUCAAUCUUAGAAAUCGCGAAAACUGUAAAAACUCCAUUGCCCGGUCAUUCAAAUCGACAAAUUAUAAUGAUAUUAUCGACGCUUGGGGUGCCAGAUGAGGUGUUUAGUGAACUACAAAACGAAAUGUGUGCAGACAUUGAUUCAAUGAUGACGAAUGAGAAUAAAGCACGCGAAAUUGUAAAACGUAAUACAGGCAUUAGAGAAUGCUUACACAUCACGCGUACUAUUCUUAGCAUGAUUGAAGAAGGAAUGAUGCAAGGGAUUAUUGAUCCAUUUUUAAAUGCCCUUUUGGAGUGUAAGCGUGUUUACGCAUUAAAGGUGUUAAGACACAAAGCUCGUAUUUUAAUGCCUAAAUCAUUCCUAUUAUUGGGCGUGAUUGAUGAGACUGGAAAAUUGGAAGAAAACGAAGUUUAUCUGCAAACUUCUACCAUUGUUAGCGAACAUUUAACGUUCAAUAAAGCGAAUAAUAAAAUUCGACGAGAAUCUAAGGUUUGGACAGGUCCAGCUGUUAUUACUAGGAACCCAUGUUUGCACCCCGGAGAUCUAAGAAAAGUUGAAGCGGUCGACAUUCCCGAACUGUCUCAUUUAAGAAAUUGUGUAGUGUUCAGCCAAAAAGGAGAUCGACCUUUACCAAAUUGUUUGGAACCCAUGGAAUUUGAUUCUCAAGGAAAAAAAGAGUUGGAUAGGGAUGUCGAGAUUGUUGAUAUUUGCGAGUUUUUUAAAGACUACAUGCUAAACAAUAGGCUCGGUCAAAUCGCCAAUCUCCAUUUAGCAUUAGCCGAUUACAAUGAAAUGGGUAUUAGAUCUGCAGAAUGUAUUAAGUUGGCACAACUGCAUUCAAACGCGGUUGAUUUUAAUAAAACUGGAAUUCCAGUGGUUGAAAAAUUGGCAAUGCGUUCUGAAUACCCGGAUUUUAUGGAUUCUAGAUAUAAAGAUUCGUAUAAGUCAGAAAAGGUUCUAGGAAAAUUGUAUCGCGACAUUCAACUUGAUAAGCCCGAGAAGGAUCCUUUGUUAAAAUAUUAUAAAACGAAUAUAACAAUAGAUGAAAAUUUUUUGUAUGAAGGAUAUCAAGACUAUAUAGAAGAAGCUAUUGCUUGUCUUGAUCAUUAUAAUAAUGAAAUUCGAAGUCUUAUGAAGAAAUAUAAUGUUAAAACCGAGGCAGAAAUUUUAACAGCGCAAUUAUUGGGAUUCCGGCGUAUUGAUGGUAGUAAAAGUCAAGAUAUGCGAGAUGCGAUUACCGGGUCGAUAUUUUUCAUAAUAUAUAAUUGUCGUAAACAAUUCUUGAUGGACUUACAAGAUUCACAUAACGAUCAUGAAGCAGAUGAAGAUGAAUCGCCAUUUAAUUUAAAUGCUACAAUUCCUAUAAACAAUGAAUCAAAGGCUAAAGCUUCGGCAUGGUACUAUGUCACAUAUAACCAAGAUGAAUAUCCUGAAGAGGAAAAAAACAAGACCACCUUAUUAAGUUUUCCAUGGGUUGUAUCAGAUAUAUUAUUAGCAAUUCGCAGGGAUAACAUGAAUGAGUUACAGUCAUAUGAACUGUUAAACUAG